AUGAGGCUUUCCCUCGUUAGCGCGACGGCAGAACUUUACUCCCUCACCACCCACCUACCCUCCCCCCUACCACUACCAACGUGCAUGAACCCUCUCUCUCUCUCUCUCUCUCUCUCUCUCUCUCUCUAG